UCGGCUAGACAGGGCCACCUUUUCCGAAAUGCGACUUAAACUAAUCCCUGAAAGUUCGAAGAAAAUUAUCGAUGUGAUCUUCUACACUAUACAAUAUUUCUUUAAAGGGGCGAAUAUAACCCCUUCCGAUCUAACUAAACGACUAUUAGUUAUCCUAAUUAGCGGAACUUCCACCCUUUUGCCUAGCGGCUAG